GGGGGUUGUGGACUGACUUGUGCACGACUGGUCUUGAGUCAAGAUUUUGAGAGCUUGGCCUGCUACUUCUCCAAAGGCAUCACCCCUCUAUUUAAUCUGAUAGCACUUUGCCAAGAAACACAAGCAAAAACAUAUCAGCAAAUAAAUAUGAAGGAAUCAAAGGGUUUGGAGUGGUGGGUGGUAAUGUUAGCUUUGAUAUGGCUUUGUGGUGUUGGGUGUUUUGGUUUUUGGGAGGAAGAGAGGGUUGCUCUCUUGCAACUCAAAGCUUCCAUAAACUACCCAAAUGGACCUUCUUUGCCAUCUUGGGAGGAUAGAGUGGAAGUUUAUAACAGUAUGGUGAGCGACUGUUGUUAUUGGGAAGGAGUUGAAUGCAACGAGACCACAUCUCAUGUAAUUAAGCUUUUCCUUAACUCUACAAGGGAUGGGUCUUUAGGAGAUUGGUAUUUCAAUGCCUCUUUGUUUCUUCCCUUUAAAGAGCUCCGAAAUCUUGACUUAUCUAAUAACCAGCUUGUUGGUUGGGUCGCAAAUGAAGGUCUAGAUUUUCCUGCUUAGCAAAAUAAUAAGCAUGUGGUGUUCUUAAUAUGUUAAUUAGGGAAUUUUUUUUUAUUUUAUCCAAAAGUAAAAUUCUUAACAGGUUUCGAAAGAUUAUUUGUGUUGAGCAAGCUGGAGGUUCUUCGGUUGGAUUCCAAUUAUUUCAAUAACAGCAUCCUAUCAUCUCUAGGAUUGGUUUCGUCACUUCAGAGACUAUAC